AUGUUUUCGGAUCUUGAAUGUGAUUAUAUUAACCCAAUUGAUCUUUGCAAUAAAUUGAACCAGUUUGUGCUCCCAGAAAUGAUGGCUCAUGCUUUCCUUACCUUUAUGCUGAUUAUCAACGGAAGUUGGUUCGCAGGAGUUAUUAAUUUAGUAUUAGUUGCCUAUAAUAUUAACAAAGUAAUGAAUAAUAAACACAUGUAUGAUGCCACAGAGAUUUUUCGAACUAUAGGGCAACAUAAAACCGAGUGUUUUGCUAAACUUGGAUUUUAUCUCAUUAGUUUCUUUUAUUAUUUAUAUAGGAUGAUAGUCGCGCUUAUCGAUGAAUCUUAG